AUGGCAACCGUCACCGUCGACGAGGGCAGACGCUCCUCUAUCGAGAAACCCACUCUUACGACACCCGGUCACCUUCACUCUUCGGGCCCGACAGCAUUUGAACGAUUACCAGACGAAAUCAUUCAGCAGAUCCUUCAAGCUGUCGAUGCCAAUGGCUUCGCUUCGCUGGUGCUGCUCAACGCAAAAUGGAGAAGCGUCGCUCAGCAGGCCCACCUAUACGCCUACCACUUAUCCAACUGUCCAUCCUACGCCUUGAGCCAUCACAAUGCCUCGCCUCCAACCGUUAGCGAUGAUGAUCUCCCCAGACUUCGAAAACUGUUCGCAAAGGAGGUCAAACGGAAUUUGUUCGAGGCGUACUUGCGUCCAAGGAAGACCAUCAUCAGGCUCAUAUCGAACUCGAUCAGCUCUUCAUCCGCGCCAGGCGGAGAUGGCAUCCAGUUCAGCCCGUCGCCAAAGGGCCACCACCUGCUAGCCUUCAACUCCUCCCGGAUACAUGUUAUUGAUGUUAGGCAACGAGACAUUGCCGUUACCAGAGAGUUCAAGAUUUUGCGCCGUCCUGCCGCCACAUGUAUCAACGAUGAGGGAACUGUGCUAGCAGUUCUGUUGACCGAGAUGCAAAUCGACAUCUACGAUCUCAAGUCAACACCUCCAAGACGAACCCAGUCACUGAUUUUGGACAACAGCCCUCGUGCGAUUGCCCUUUCACCAUGCGGCGGAGUUCUGGCAGCGGCUUACGAGGGUGGCAUUGAGGUCUCUUCACUGAAUCCCAACGCAACAUCAACCGAAAGAAGAGCCGUCAAAUGUGAGGCGGUCGAUUCAUUGACCUUUUCGUUCGACGGGACACAGAUUCUGGGUACUACGGUUCAUGCGCCACAGCCCAACACCGUAAUUCUGACCGCGCCCUACUACGACCCGGUUAGUUGUGCGGUGGAGGACGAUAUUAGUGUGUUAUGGACUACCUCAAUCCUCUUCCCCAACACGAGUCGCGAUUGCAGCCACGCUGUAUUGAUCCAGAAUGGAAAACACGAGGAGGCGGGAUGGACGUUCACGUACGACCGCAGUUACGAGAUCUUCAGGGCUGUGCGCAUCGAUGAUCUACGAAACGGCACAACAUACUUCACCGGGCCAAUACCGAACCCUACCUCGCAACCGAAACUGGUACCAUGUACUCUACCCGCAGCCUCUUACCAUGGCGAGCUCGUAUCGGCUGGCUUUCAAGGUAAGGACGUUUGGAUCUACGGCAUUCCCGAGGACCUGGAUGCAACACCCGAAACGUCCAGCACGGGCAAUGAAGGUACCUCGAACCCAAGUGCUCUGAACCGCCGCAACAGUCAACCGCCACCUCGAAAUGGCUCACGCACGCAGGAGAAUGAUCCAUCCAGAGUCCCCCAAUGGCAAGCGUUCGACAAGUUGCGCAACAAACUUAUCGCCGGACGCAAAAUCGGCCAUCUAGAAGGGGUGCAUAUGGUGAAGUGGGUUGGAGACUUUGAGGAUUCGUCGGUGAAGGAACGUAUGAUUAUCGGUGCUCGAGGAAUAACACCCACCAAGCCCAUCACGGAGGAUGAUGGAUUUGACUUUGUGGACGGUGGUCGGAUCACAGUGAUCGACUUCGAUUACAGUCUAGAGAACGGCUCUCCUGUCGAGGUUGUUAUCGAUGUGGGAUCCAAAGAGCCUGAGGUACUAGAGGAGGAACACCGAGAUAUCGAAGCUGAAGUCGCUAUUGUACGACGGAGAACGGUUAUGCAAAAUAGAGGGAAUCGUGGCGGUUUGAUGCGAGCUGCUACCAGCGCAGGAGCUGUUCCUCUUGUCCCAGCCCUUCCUUCUGCUUCGUCACUUGCCAGCCAGCCUUCGGCGUCAUUGCAGGAGGAUGAUGACCCUCUCGUACCUCGUCGUGUUGGAGCACUUCCUAUUCCCCGAAUUGAAGCACCUUUGAUAACCGAGGAUACCGAGGAAUUCGCGUCAAUCGAAGAGCAAGAGGCCUUGGAGUCACCAUACGCCCAUGCCAGCCCCCGAUCGGCUCCUACUCUCAGGCGUGCUGCCACUGCUGCUGCUGCCAAUCGUCGCUUACACCCGCAAGCUGCUGCUAGUGGCCCUGUUCAGUAUCGUCGUGCUGAUGGCCGAGCCGAACAUCCUCAUGAAAGCGACGCGGACAACUGGGUUCCUCCCCCACCUCCAUACCAAAAGGAGGAUCCUGGCGACUUGCCUGCUUUCCUACGCCAUGCUAUUCCGCCUGUUAUCCCCGCCACCAUGUCCUCGGCUCAAACAGACGAUUACCUGGAUCAAAUGCGCAGGCCAAAAUCGAUGUUGGAGGUACCUCAAAGUCACACAGCGAUACAAGUCCCACAGACAGGAUCCUCUAUCCCGCCUGUACCGUCCCUCUCUACCAUUCCACCAGUUCCUUCACUACCACAGCAAUUGUCGUCGUCUUUGAUACAGUAUCAUAGUGGCGGCAGUCUCACGCAUUUGCCACACCUGAUCCCGUACCAAGAACCACAAAGGCCAUCUUCCAGCGGCUCCCGAUAUGUGGGAGAUGAGAACAUUUACGACGUCUCUCCGCCUGAUUCACCCAAGAUGUCAGGGGUAAACCUAUCUACUGGCGGAAUUCAGGCGCGUAGCGUGAGCGAUAGUGGAAUAGUGAGCUCUCUUCAGGUGAACUUAGCGGCCUCAACCUCGGCGUCAUCUUCGCAACAGUCACACCUACCAUUAUCUCUCUUGCAGACAGACAUUGCACCUCCACAGCAGUCAGGGUUGCCAUUUGCUCUAUACCCCCACAACCCGUCACCACAUAUCGGUACUAUCAUGCCAACAGAGAGUGCAAGCAGUCCGGUAGUUAGGCGGCUUUCCAACGCUGGGACAUGGCCCUUGGUAUCCAAUCAGCCAAAAGCCCCAGUGACAGCACCAACUGACUUCCCACACUCGGCGCUUCCUGUAGAAAGGGGCGAAUACUAUCUGCCAGCCCCUAGCCAGGAUCAGUUGAGGCGUCUGAACAGCCGCUCGGGAGCUCCCCGGCGUCUUUCGGAGGGCUUCCACCCUCCACCCGACUUUCUCGGUGACGACUUCAACAACCGCUCUGCCUAUUCCCAGCCUGCAUCCCGCCGACCUUCAGCAGUCGAAGACGUGCCCCUAAUAGUCAGUACACCACAGGGUGUCUCAGGUGCCUUCGACCCGCCCGGUCGACACGCGUCCGGUCGUCGGGGCGACCCUCCCCUUCUGGCUCCCGUUCCACGCCAUCCGCGCCCGCAGACGCAAUCAGCCGUCAUCGGAAACCGUCCAACCGUUGAGCGGCUUGAAACCAUCUACAGCGUUGCGAGCAACGGUGCCAACUCGAACGCUGCUGGCGGCCCCGGUCUCGACAUCCCUACGGCAACUAGAUCCCUCUCGACAUCCACGAACGGCGCCACCCGCGCGACGAGCCUCAACAGACGACAGAGCCGAGCAGAGAGGAGCGCGGCUAAGAACAUUGCUGAUGCCAAGAAGAAGGGAUGGAUGGGUGGUCGAAGUCGGACCAAGAGCGUCAAGGAGAAGAAGGAGAAAAAGGUAAAAGGGAAAAAGCAGAAGCAUGGAGAUCAUUUGGAUGACGACGCGAGGAGUACGUGGACGGAUGUUACGUCACAUAGCUUUCUGCCAGGUGGUAUGAAAUUUGAGAGUAGUGAGCAGGCGGCACAGGCAGCCAGGGAGAGGGCAGAGAGAGCGGGAGCGAGGGAGAAUAAGAGAGAGAAGGGCAAGGGGAAGGGUAAAGGGAAGGAGAAGGAGGAAGGGGGGGAGAAGGGGGAUAAGAAGUGUGUUGUUAUGUGAUGCGAUCACGAAGUGAUGGACGUUUGUGUAUUUGGAAUGAUUGGAUUGGGUGGAAGUGGGCUUGGUAGUAGAGAUGAUGUUCGAUAUAGAUUUGGGCGUUUGACCUACACAGAAGUAAUUGCACAAGCUAAGUGGUAUUUCAUGAUCACUUAGUUUGUCGACUAUAUCAAAACUGUCCAUCGAUUAGAAUAACCGAUUUAACAUG